AUCAUGAGUGAUUUAGGAUUUGACGCCACAUUAAAGAAGAAGAAGAAGGUCAAGAAGCCAGAAGAAUCGGCUUCUGCUUCCCCUGCCCCAGAUGCCAGUACAGACGACAUGUUUUCCGGUAUGAAGAAGAAGAAGAAGUCCAAGAAGACUGAAGAAUCAGAAGACUCGCCAGCCCCAGCCGGUGAUGACUUAAGCACAGCAUUGGGAGACCUUUCCAUCAAAAAGAAGAAGAAAAAGUCCGUCAAAAACCUUGAUGCCACCGAUUUCGAACAACAGUUGGAAGAAGCGGGCAUUGAAGAAACCAAUUCCGCCACCCCCACCGAAGAAGAACAACCUGCUUCAAUUGAAGGCUUACCAUACGAAUCAUUAUUGUCACGUUUUUUCACAAUCUUGAAGACCAACAACCCCGAGUUGGCUGGAGACAGAUCCGGUCCAAAAUUCAGAAUUCCCCCACCAGUAUGUCAAAGAGAAGGUUCCAAGAAGACUUUGUUCGCCAACGUCCAAGAAAUCGCCACCGUAUUGCAAAGAAACCCAGAGCAUUUGAUACAGUUCUUGUUUGCCGAAUUGGGUACCUCUGGUUCCAUUGAUGGUGAGAAGAGAUUAGUGUUGAGAGGUAAGUUCCAACCAAAGCAAAUGGAGUCCGUGUUGAGAAGAUACAUCAUCGAAUACGUUACAUGUAAGACAUGUAAAUCCAUGAACACCGAGUUGAAGAGAGAAUCCGCCAACAGAUUGCAUUUCUUGAGCUGUAAAGCUUGUGGUUCCACCAGAUCUGUGUCUUCGAUCAAGACUGGUUUCCAAGCCCAAAUUGGAAGAAGAAAGAAGAUGUAG